CAACAAAGAUGCUGUGCUUUACACGAGGCAUUAGAGAAUUACAAACAAACAACAAAGAUGCUGUACUUUACACGAGGCAUUAGAGAAUUACAAACAAACAACAAAGAUGCUGUACUUUACACGAGGCAUUAGAGAAUUACAAACAAACAACAAAGAUGCUGUGCUUUACACGAGGCAUUAGAGAAUUACAAACAAACAACAGAGAUGCUGUACUUUACACGAGGCAUUAGAGAAUUACAAACAAACAACAAAGAUGCUGUACUUUACACGAGGCAUUAGAGAAUUACAAACAAACAACAAAGAUGCUGUACUUUACACGAGGCAUUAGAGAAUUACAAACAAACAACAAAGAUGCUGUACUUUACACGAGGCAUUAGAGAAUUACAAACAAACAACAAAGAUGAUUAGCGUUGCAAACUGAUUUGAUUACGCCUUUAAAUAAGCGUUGCAAUGCCAGGGCGAUGUUUCCCCUUUUCACUCUCUGCAGCACAAUGUCUGUGCAGUUUUGAACUCCAAGAGGGCGCUGCACGCCCACAGCGGGACCUCAGCGGUGUCUUUCUCGACAGCCUCGCAUCAGUAUCCGGGAGACCAAUGCCUCGGAGCCGCCAAAGUAAAACCUCCGCGGAUUGGCCUUAACCACGGCGCGGCCAUCUUACAUCUUCUCCAGUUUUGUCUUUAUCCGUGUGAGCCCGUCUCUAGUUCGGCGACUGAGCCGCGGCGUCGGGCUCCGGGGCCGAUUGGAUCACAGUCCCUGCCGAAGGAGCCCCGAAUUGCGGCUCGGCGCGUCCCAAAACCAAGAUCUUCCCGGCUGUCCAAUCAGAAGGCAAAUAACUGAUAUGCAAAUAUUAUAUGUCAUCAUCACGCUAGCGGUGGUGGAGCCGCUGAGGUAGCCAGCCCUGGUGGAACUGGAAAAACACACACAAAACUUCGCAAAUAACUGUUCUUUGGAAAUUAUUCCUUUUUAAUCUCUGUCUCGGGGAAGCCAGUUUUCACAGAAACAAAUUAAUCCGCGGUACAGCCUUACACAGCAUGAAACCAGCAGCUGCUUGAUUUCAACAUUUCAGAAGCUAUUGGGGUGACCCCGGCGGCUCUAGAUUUGUUUUUGCAAACUGGAUUUGGCAAAGAACGGUUGAGGGUAACAAUAGGAACAGACACCGACACCUACACACACAGGAUGACAAGGGUCAUGUUGAGCUACUGCAUGCCAUUGCUUUGAUUGCCUGUAUGAAUGGAGCUGUCCUGGAUUCUCUGGUGAUUCAGUCUUGAGAAACGGGUUGCUUGUACCCUCGGGAGUGGCUGUGCUGAGCCCCGAGCCGACAGGAUGACGGAUCCCAUGAUGGACUUUUUCGAUGAUGCUAAUCUGUUCGGAGGGGGAUUGGAGGGGCUGGCAGACGACAGCUUUGCACAGACUGACCCGGUUUCUCUGGUGGAUGAGCUGGGCCUGGGCGCAGAGUUUGAGCCUCUGCAGGUGGAGCCUCUCGGCCAGGUGAAGCAGCCGGGGAACCCCCCCUCCCAGCCCGGCCUCUGCUUUGAGCAGCAGAUGAGUCAGUUCGAGCCCUUGAAAGGUCACCACCACCACCGGCAGCAAGGGGGACAGCCCUUCUCCAUCCCCAACGAAAGCACCAACAAUGGGCUUCCCCGGCACUCUCAGUACACUGCUUCCCCGCUGCACCAGCCAAGCCAGUCGAACGGAUUGUUCCCAGACGUGGUGGAUGGAAGCCCGAUGUGGGGGAACCAGAACGAAGCUCAAUUUCACCAACACCACGGGAACCCCCAGUCUUUGCAAACACAACAACAGCAGCAGCAACACAACAAAAGCUUUGCAGCACAUCAUGAAUUUUCCUUGUUUCAGACCCUCCCCCCACAGCAGCAGCAGCAGCAGCAGCACCGCCCUCCUCACACGCUGCAGCGGCAACAACAACAGCAGCAGCAAUUGUCGCGCAACAAAAACAGCCCGUUUAACCCUGGUGGCCAGGAGGCUAUGAGCCAGUCUAGCUCCUUUCUGGAAGUUCACAGCUCCUCACCCGUGACCAACGCACACCAGCCAGACAGGCUGUCAAGCCACCCAGCUCCAUGUCAGACCCCCCCGGCUGUUUCUGUGCACCACUUCUCCAACCCUGCGGCGAGCGUGUCCCUGUCUUUCCCGGGACAGUCGUCGUCCUCCACCUUGAACCUGCCUGCUUGCUCAGUGAAUGCCAGCUCUCUGUUCCCCCCUGCUCAGUAUUCCUUCUCAGGCACCUCAAACGGGGGCACGCUGCUGUCUUCCACACCCUGCAGUGGUCACUUGAAUAGAGCCUUUCCACUGAUGGGAGGGACCAACGGGGGAGCGUCGCUGCAGCCGAGUCGGUACCCACAGGCUGUAAACCCCAGCUGCGAGAACACUUUCCAAGCUAUGAAUUCGGGGCUGAGAAGCUUUAGUGGCUCUCCGAUGUCUACGGAAGACAUGGGCUGCUAUCCGACCGUGGUCAGCAGGUCCUCCGACACUCUGGGACACGCUAUCCCCCCUGCGGAGCGCCCUCUAUCCAGCAGCAAUGGCUUCCCCACGCUGGAGGAGCACUUGCUCCAGCAAGUGCAGAGUCACAGCGAGGCCUUUCCAGAGCUGGACACGGACGGCCUCUUGGAAGAAGACCUGCUCCCCCAGUUCGAGGCCGCUUUCGGCCCGCAGGGUCACGGUUGUACGCAGGAGGAGAUGCAGGACAAUUCGGGUUCCAACAACUCCUGGCCAGAGGAAGUUGGCUUGCCAGGGGAUUUCCAGCAACAGCCCCCUUCCUCGAAGAACACUAAUGGUUCAGGCUCCCAGUCUAAGCUGUACAGCCCCCAGGUGAGGAGCAGCCCAGUUCACUCUGAGAGGAGGCUGAAGAAGGCAGCAGCGGCGACGGCUGUGAUGAUGGAGGUCCUUGUGGAGGACAAGCAGGAGAAGGCCAACCGCAUCAUCUCGGAGGCCAUCGCCAAGGCAAAGGAGCGCGGGGAGAAGAACAUCCCGCGCGUCAUGAGCCCCGAGAGCUUCCCCAGCUCCUCCAGCGAGGCCCGGCAGGAGCGCAAGGCGGCACGCCGGCUCAAAUCCAAACCCAAACCCAAGGACAAGCUCUCCAAGAAGGCCAAGAGCGGCCCGUCCUCCAAAUCCAAGCAGAAGACCAAGAUCAGCUCCCCCUACUCGAAGAGGGACAGCAGCAGCAGCAGCAGCAAGCUUCCCCACUGCCGCAGCCUGUCGGUGAGCGGCGCUGGUACGAUGACCCCCAAGCCUACAGUAUUGAGACCCAUAAACUCAACGAGCUCCCUGCACAAAAAAAUUGUUAUCAAAUUUGGUAAGAAGAAGAGGAAGAGCGAGUCCUCGGAUGAAGCGUCGGACAGCGAGCCGACCCCGCGGCGCUUCUCAAAGGACUCGAAGAGACGAUCUAAUCGGCAAGUGAAAAGAAAAAAAUAUGCAGAAGAGGGAGAGUGCAAGAUAUCAGAUGAGGAGAAGAAAGUGACGUUGAAAGUGAAGAGGACCGGCCCUGCACCCCGCAAGGACCACGCUCUGCAGCUGUUCGUGGAGAACCCCAGUGAAGAAGAUGCAGCGGUCGUUGAUAAAAUCAUGUCUUCGAGGAGAGUGAAAAAAGAGGUCACGCCAGGAGUGAUGGCUGAAGUUGAAGAGUUCUAUGUAAAAUACAAAAACUACUCCUAUUUGCAUUGUGAAUGGGCCACAGAACAACAGCUCUUAAAGGACAAGAGGAUUCAUCUGAAGAUUAAACGAUUCAAGAUUAAACAAAUGCAGAGGGCCCACUUCUUUGCUGAUAUGGAGGAGGAUCCCUUCAACCCAGACUACGUUGAGGUAGAUAGAGUGCUAGACGUCUCCUACUGUAAGGACAAGGACACAGGCGAGCCUUUGAUUUAUUACCUGGUGAAGUGGAGCUCGCUGCCUUAUGAAGACAGCACUUGGGAGCUGAAGGAAGACGUUGACCAGUCUAAAAUCGAGGAGUUUGAACGACUGCAGGCAGCCAGAGCAGACCCUCGAAGAAGGGAGCGACCUCCAGCCAACAUGUGGAAGAAAAGAGAGGAAUCCAGGGAGUAUCAAAACGGAAACCAGCUCAGGGACUACCAGCUUGAAGGAGUGAACUGGCUUCUCUUCAACUGGUACAACAGACGAAACUGUAUUCUUGCUGACGAAAUGGGCCUCGGCAAGACCAUCCAGUCCAUCACAUUCCUUGAAGAAAUCUACCUGACGGGAAUCCGGGGGCCCUUCCUGAUCAUCGCCCCCCUGUCCACCAUCGCAAACUGGGAGCGGGAGUUCAGGACCUGGACCCACCUCAACGUUAUCGUCUACCACGGCAGCAUGAUCAGCCGGCAGAUGCUGCAGCAGUACGAGAUGUACUGCAGGGAUUCCCAGGGCCGUGUGGUUCGUGGAGCGUACAAGUUCCAGGCCAUCAUCACCACGUUCGAGAUGAUCCUCGGGGGCUCCCCGGAGCUGAACGCCAUCGAGUGGCGCUGCGUGAUCAUCGACGAGGCUCACAGGCUGAAGAACAAGAACUGCAAAUUACUGGAGGGGUUCAAGCUCAUGAAUCUGGAGCACAAGGUGCUGCUAACAGGAACCCCGCUGCAGAACACAGUGGAGGAGCUCUUCAGCUUGCUGCACUUCCUCGAGCCAUCCCACUUCCCCUCCGAAUCCACCUUCAUGCAGGAAUUCGGAGACCUCAAGACCGAGGAACAGGUCCAGAAGCUCCAGGCCAUCCUGAAGCCCAUGAUGCUGCGGCGACUAAAGGAGGACGUGGAGAAGAAGCUGGCUCCCAAGCAGGAGACCAUCAUCGAGGUGGAGCUCACCAACAUCCAGAAGAAGUACUACCGAGCCAUCCUGGAGAAGAACUUCUCCUUCUUGUCGAAAGGCGUGGGCCAGGCCAACGUCCCAAACCUGUUGAACACCAUGAUGGAGCUGAGGAAGUGCUGCAACCACCCCUACCUUAUCAAAGGGGCGGAGGAGAAAAUCCUGGAAGAUUUCCGUGAGACAUACAGCCCGGCUUCCCUGAACUUCCACCUGCAGGCAAUGAUCCAGUCCGCAGGGAAGCUGGUCCUCAUCGACAAGCUGCUUCCCAAGAUGAAGGCCGGAGGGCACAAGGUGCUCAUCUUCUCCCAGAUGGUGCGCUGCCUGGACAUCCUGGAGGACUACCUCAUCCAGAGGAGGUACCUGUACGAGCGGAUCGACGGCAGGGUGCGGGGGAACCUGAGGCAGGCAGCUAUCGAUCGAUUCAGCAAGCCCGACUCGGACCGCUUUGUGUUCCUGCUGUGCACCAGGGCUGGCGGGCUGGGGAUCAACCUGACUGCAGCCGAUACCUGCAUCAUCUUCGACUCGGACUGGAACCCCCAGAACGACCUGCAGGCUCAAGCACGCUGUCACAGGAUUGGUCAGGACAAGGCGGUGAAGGUGUACAGGCUGAUCACCCGCAAUUCCUAUGAGAGGGAGAUGUUCGACAGAGCCAGCCUGAAACUGGGCUUGGACAAGGCUGUGCUGCAGAGCAUGAGUGGGAGAGAGAACAGCGCAGGGGGGCAGAUGCAGCAGCUCUCCAAGAAGGAGAUUGAGGACUUGCUGCGGAGAGGGGCCUAUGGGGCCAUCAUGGACGAGGAGGACGAAGGGUCCAAAUUCUGCGAGGAAGACAUCGACCAGAUCCUGCAGCGGCGAACCAAAACCAUCACCAUAGAGUCGGAGGGGAGGGGCUCCACUUUUGCAAAAGCCAGUUUCGUGGCGUCCGGGAACAGGACAGACAUCUCUCUGGAUGAUCCAAACUUCUGGGACAAGUGGGCUAAGAAAGCAGAGAUUGAUAUGGAGGCCCUGAAUGACAGAAACAGCCUGGUGAUCGACACCCCGAGAGUGAGGAAGCAGACCCGACCCUUCAGCGCCACGAAAGAGGAGCUGGCGCAGUUAUCGGAGGGGGAGAGCGAGGGCGACGACAAGCCCAAACUGCGCCGGCCGCACGACCGCCUCAGCGGCUACGGCAGGACCGAGUGCUUCCGGGUCGAGAAGAACCUGCUGGUUUAUGGGUGGGGCCGCUGGAGAGACAUCCUGCAGCACAGCCGCUUCAAGAGGCAGCUGAACGAGCACGACGUGGAGGUCAUCUGCCGGGCGCUGCUGUCCUACUGCCUGCUGCACUACCGAGGCGACGACAAGAUCAAGAGCUUCAUGUGGGAUCUGAUCGCUCCCAGCGAGGACGGCCACACCAGGGAGCUGCAGAACCACCUCGGGCUCUCUGCUCCAGUUCCCAGGGGCCGAAAAGGGAAGAAGAUGAAGACUCAGCCCAGCACUUUUGACAUCCAGAAAGCAGAGUGGCUGCGCAAACAAGACCCAGAACACCUGCUGCAGGACGAGGGCUAUAAGAAGCACAUCAAACACCACUGCAACAAGGUGCUGCUUCGGGUGAGAAUGCUGUAUUACCUGAAGCAGGAGGUAAUAGGAGACCAUUUCCAGAAGGUGAUUGACGGGGCUGAUUCCAGCGAGAUUGACAUGUGGGUUCCAGAACCGGACCACUCAGAACUCCCUGCUAACUGGUGGGAUGCGGAUGCCGACAAGAAUCUCCUGCUUGGCGUCUUUAAGCAUGGUUAUGAAAAGUAUAGCACAAUAAGAGGAGACCCGGCCCUGAGCUUUUUGGAGCGAGUGGGCAAGCCUGACGAGAAGGCAAUCGCCGCAGAGCAGAGGGCCAACGACUACAUGGAUGGUGACGGUGACGACCCCGAAUACAAACCGGCUCCAGCCCUGCUAAAGGAUGAGAUGGAGGAUGAUGCCUCGUCCCCUGGAGAGCUGAUCAUUGCAGACGGUAACGGAGACGGGCAGAUGAUGAUGAUGAUGGAAGGCGACACAGUGUACUGGCCCCCUCCCUCUGCCUUAACCACUCGCCUGCGUCGACUCAUCACAGCCUACCAGCGCAACACCAAGAACAGGCAGCUCCGCCAAAUCCAGCAGGUGCGCCCAGUGCAGCCCAGCGCCCUGCCCCCUGCGCACCUGGAGCCCAUCAACCCCAAGAUAGCAGCAAAGAUAGAGCGACAGCAAAGGUGGACCAGACGAGAAGAGGCAGAUUUCUACAGAGUGGUAUCCACGUUCGGAGUGGUGUUCGACCCAGAGCAGGACCGCUUCGACUGGACCAAGUUCCGUGCCAUGGCCAGGCUUCACAAAAAGACGGACGAGAGCUUGCAGAAGUACCUGUGUGCUUUCUCAGCCAUGUGCCGGAGGGUCUGCCGGCUUCCCCCCAAGGAAGGAGAACCUGUGGACCCAUCCAUCUCUAUCCAGGCGAUCACGGAAGAGCGAGCCUCGCGCACACUGUACCGCAUCGAGCUCCUGCGCAAGGUCAGGGAGCAGGUGCUGCGGCACCCCCAGCUCUACGAGCGGCUGCAGCUGUGCCACCCCAGCCAGGACCUGCCGGUGUGGUGGGAAACGGGCACCCACGACCGGGACCUUCUGAUCGGCGCAGCCAAGCAUGGGGUCAGCCGCACGGACUACCACAUCCUCCGAGACCCCGAGCUGAGCUUCAUGAUGGCCCAGAGAAACUACAGCCAGAACAAAGGGUUGCAGUCUAGGACCCCCACACCCCUCCUGCAGCAACAGCAGCAGCAUCAGAUGGGCCUGGCUGGGUCUCCCCUCACCCCGCAGCCUAGGUUACAGGACCCCAAGGCAGGUCAGCCAGAGGACUCCAGACCAAAAGGGGAAAGGACUGAUCGGCUCAAAGAGGAGCCACACACGUCCGAGGAGGAAGGGUUUGGGUUAGCAGGGGAAUCCAAGGUCAAACUGGAGCCCUGGAGCCCGCAGGGAAGCGCCUGUAUGUCCCUGGGUGCGCUGGACUUCAAGGAAGAGGGAGAGAGGCGCAUGGUGGCAGCCAGAACUGAACCCCUAACUCCCAGCUCCGUAGUGAAGAAGCAGAAGCGCAGCAGCAAGAGGGGGCGAGGCGGGGGGUCCGACUCGGACUCUGAUGGCUCGUCCUCCUCCUCGCGCUCCUCCUCUUCCUCUUCGUCUUCCUCGUGCUCUCGGUCUGGCUCCAGCUCCUCCUCCUCUUCCUCCUCCUCCUCCUGCUCAUCAGGAUCCUCCUCUUCGUCAUCCUCCUCCUCUUCCUCCUCGGAAGACAGCGACAGCGACUCCGAGGACAGGAAGGAGAACGCUGAAGUCACCCCUGUAGUGAAAGGUUUCGAUGAAGACAGCGUGGCGUCGCUCAGCACUACCCACGACGAGACUCAGGACAGCUUCCUCACUGAUAACGGGGCACCCAGCUCUGCCCACGUCUUUCAGGGCGGGUACAUGCUCGCUGCCUCCUACUGGCCUAAGGAUCGGGGGAUGAUCAAUCGCCUGGACAGUAUUUGCCAGGCAGUGCUGAAAGGGAAAUGGCCUACAGUCAGGAAGAGCUACGAAGGCACUGCCGUGGCCUCCUUUUACACCACCAAGCUCCUGGACAGCCCAGGCGCGGACGCAGGGCUCCAGGGGCUCCCAGCUCCCCGGGAUGAGCUGGCUCUGUCGUCUCAGAUGUCAAAGGUGAAGAAGCAUGUUCGAGAAAAGGAGUUUACAGUGAAAAUCAAUGACCAGGAAGGUGGCUUGAAGCUGACUUUCCAGAAGCAGGCCCCCCCCCAGAAGAGGCCCUUGGACAGCGAGGAGGGCUCCCUGGGGCAGCAGCAGUACCUGGCUCGCCUGCGGGAGCUGCAGAGCGCCUCGGACACCAGCCUGGCCGACUUUUCCAAGUCUCUGCCCGCUCCAGUGGCAACAGCAGCAGCAGCAGCAGCAGCAGCCUCUAGCCAUAUGAGACCUAAUGGAGUACUGGAUGGACAGCCUGCUGUGAAGAAGAGGAGAGGCAGGCGGAAGAACGUAGAAGGCAUGGACCUGCUCUUCCUGACCAAGAACAAGCCAGCUCCCAACCAUCUCAGCCCAGGCAGUGGCAAUUGCCCUAAGGACAGCUCCUGUGUGAACCCAGCACUGGCACUCGGUCAGCCUCCAGGAACGCUGGACACAGAGAGCAGAGUCCCGGUGAUUAACCUGAAGGAUGGGACACGGCUCGCUGGGGACGAUGCACCCAAGAAGAAGGAUCUGGAGAAGUGGCUGAAGGGCCACCCAGGAUAUGUAGCAGACGUGGGAGCAUUCAUUCCUGGACUUGGUAAAAUGACAUUUCAAGACGGCAGACCCAAACAGAAGAGGCAUCGGUGUAGAAAUCCCAACAAGAUUGAUGUGAACAGCCUGACUGGAGAGGAAAGGGUGCAGGUCAUCAACCGGAGGAAUGCACGAAAGGUGGGAGGGGCAUUUGCUCCUGCUCUGAAGAACUUGUGCAGAUUCCUGCAAGAGAACCGGGAGUAUGGAGUACCCCCUGAAUGGGCGGAGGUAGUGAAGCAUUCCGGCUUCCUUCCAGAGAGCAUGUUCGACCGCAUUCUCACGGGACCCGUGGUUCGCCAGGAGGCGAGCAGGCGAGGCCGGCGACCGAAGAGCGAUGUUUCCAACGCGGUCGCUGGGAGCAGUGGCCCUGCGAUGCCUGUCAGCCCUCUGCUGACCAACGGCCUGCUCUCAGGGAUGGACCUGUCCAGCCUGCAGGCCCUGCAGCAGAACCUCCAGAGCCUUCAGUCCUUGCAGCUGACCGCCGGUCUGAUGGGCCUGCCAGCCGGAGACGCCAACAACCUGGCCGCCAUGUUUCCCAUGAUGCUGUCCAGCAUGGCAGGGCUGCCCAACCUGCUGGGCAUGAGCGGCCUGCUGGGCACGUGCCCCGAGGCGCCUGGCUCCGAGGACAGGAAGGGAAGCAGCGCCGACCCCUAUACAGCGGAAGCCAAGGGCGACAGGACAGAAGGUUCCCUGGCUGGCUCGGGAGAAGCCUCCGUGACCAACUCUCCUUCGACCUCCACUGCUGCGCCACUAAGUGCUUCUGCUGUAGCCUCAGCAGCUGCAGCCUCAAACCACCCGCUGGCUCUUAACCCCUUGUUACUAUCCAGUAUGCUUUAUCCAGGGAUGCUACUCACACCAGGCCUUAAUCUUCCUGUUCCACCAGUGUCUCAGUCUAAUCUUUUCGACAUGCAGCAGAGUGCAAACAGUGACUCAAGCGCCGUGAAGGCCUCCGAAGGAGCAGCGCAGGAAACCCCGGACGAACCACAGGAAGAGGAGAGCGGAGAGAGCGAGCGGGGGCUCGGCGGUGUGGACCCCCAGAGGGACAACAGCACAGAAGAGGGUUCCGAGAAAGGGGCUUCUUCGUCGUCGUCAGAGUCUGGAAGUUCAUCGUCUUCAUCGGAUGAUUCGGACUCGAGCGAUGAAGACUGAGCCGGUGUGUGUGUGUGUGUGUUUGUGUGUGUAUAUAUAUAAAUAUAUAUACCUUGCACUUAAAAUGUGUGUUUUUUUUUUUCUUUCUUUGUACAUAGCAACAAAAAAGUGUUAAAAAAAAAAAAAAAAGAGAACCAUACCGAGAGGAGCUGAAAUGAAAGUACAAUAUUGUUUUGAAAGACAAUUUGCAUGUAAAACUUUAUUAGAUUUCUGAAUUUGUGAACUUGUUAUUACACAAAGGUGUACAAUUGCAACAAAAGAAAAAAAGGCAUUAUAAUUUUUUGUUGGGGUUUAAUUUUAUUAAAGAGUGCGCUUGGGACGAGCUGUACAUUUAAUAUAUUUGGAGUGAAAAAAAACAACUUUAUAUAUAUUUUGAUUUAUUUUGUAAAUAGCCUCCUUGACACUUCUAAUUUUACUGAUCAAACUUUGGAAAGCGCAGCAAUAACUCAGGCAGCUAUUGAAUGUCACAGAAACUGUAGAAUCUCUGUGCUCCUCGCUGUCAUUUCUUCAGAUCCUCAAUGAAGGCUAGCAUUUCUGAUCGGAGGCUUUUGCUUUGGGACUCGCCCCUGUUCUUUUAGUGGCUUGGUUUUCUUUUUGCUGCAGGAUUUUCACACUGACUGCAGUCUCAGGUCUGGUCAUGGACUGAGCAGUACAAACUGCGGGUCAAGAUUAAUAGGUGACAAGAGAGUGCAUUAAUGGUUUUUUUUAUUGUUGUGUUUUUUUUUUUUUUUUUUUUUCCUAAAAAAAUGUUCUUUAGUAAAUACAAAAACAGUAAACUUACUGAACUGAAUCCAGGAUAUUUUACUGGAUCAGAAAACAGUUAUGCAUAUUUGAGUGUUUCUUAAGAAAUUGAAUCUGAAUUGCACUUUUAACCUCUAUCAAUGAUUAAACAGUCCGUAUUAUUUAUUUCUGUGCCAGCAAUGCAAAUUUACAUUAGAGAACUAACUGCUAUGUACAGAUCCUGGUCAGAUCUGAAAUCAAGCCCUGCAGUCGGGGGAGGGGAGGGGAGGGGAGGGGAGGGAAGCCCCUAGUGAACUGGAGCGAUCCCCAAAGAUCCCUGCCUCGACCAGGAAGGGGGCUCAGGAUGCUGUCUAGUGUUGUAGUGCACUGCUGCUGAUAUUUCAAAUUCAGGUACAAUAAAAAAAAACAUGUUUCCCAGUUAGCCAGUUUAAUCUGGCUAUGAUACCUCAGCUGAGCUACAUUAUAAAGUGUACAGUAGUUUCCUUCAUUGUUUGCAAUUCAAAGGUUUAAAGAAAAAAGGAAUAGUGUACAGUGUGGUGAUCAUCUAGCAGAGUGCUUUUUGCUUCCAAUGUUUUUCAUUUUGAGUUGUCUGUUCUGUGGAGGGGCUCCUCCUCCUCCUUCCUUCUAAAUUACCCAAGAGGGAGCAAGGGCCUGCAAGCUGUCAUGCUGAUAUCUGAUUGGCUGCAGUUAGUUCUGUUCCAGAAAAGGUCUCCUGAUCUACGCUGGACACUACAGGAAAGCUUUUGAAAAGUAGAGAAGAUGAGUCACUGAUAUCAGUGCUGGAAGCUGUGGCGAAUGCAGAAGUGACGCUUGAUUUAGUAUGCCAAACAAUUUUCGUUGUUUUUGUUUUUUUUUUUUUUUUUUUUUUACACAGAUUUAGCUAAAGUUAGCAAAGUUCGGGACAAAUGCAGCGCAGAGCAAAAGCAGGUACAGUGACUGUGCUGUUAGCUUAGAGAUUUAAAAGAUGAUGAUGAUGAUGGUGAGCUGGUACAUUUAAAAUUGAUUAUCUGUUUGAGAGAAUAGCAAUGUCAUUGUUUGCUUUAGUAUUACAUAUAGAAAAUAACUGACCCAGGUUAAAGCAUGGCUCGCAUUCAAAAGGCAGUAUUGUGUAUACUGUAUUCUGUGUGUGCCUCUGAGGUUGUGGAGAGUGCACAGUAUAUGUGCAGGAAAUCUACACUGUUACCUUGCCAAUUGUAAGACAGGCCCACCUUCAUUAUAAAACUGUAUCAUGUGAUCUUCAGUGUCCAUAAAACACCAGUUGCAUUCCGCCUCCCUCUCCUCCAAGUGACUGUGGAAAGUCUGCUGUAUUUCAGUUUGGUGUAACGACACUAAAGCAAACCAAAAUGUAUUGAUCCAGCUUCUGAAAUGUGUGUAGUCAUUCUCUUCUGAAUAUCAAGGUAAUUCAUUCACAAUUUCAAUAACAAUCAGAUUUUGUAAGGUAAAACAAUGCAGAAGCUUUAGUGUAAUGAUGACAAGUUGAAGUCUGCCAUUGGGUGGUGCUGAGUGGAGGAGGCGGUCUUGUUGUUGUCAGCAGCUUCUCCCCUCGUACUGUGUGUGUGUACUGGUAGAUUGAAUUUGCAGUUGGUUCAAAGCUUGUCUGGUGCAGUUUUAGUUAAAGGAUAAAAAUAAGGCUUUGAAUUCGUAGCAGUUUGAGCCAUUCCAGGCAGCCUUGUGAGCUCAAUUACACACACACUGGACUUCACUCCUGAAGUGUGAUUAAUACCUUCGGCUCGUAGCAAAACUAGGAAUGGACUUGGAACAGCUACGCAAUGGGAGUCAUCCACAGAAAAGAGCAAUAACAAAGAAUGAGUGAACAAAGUGUGGAACUGGACAAGUGGCAGCAAUUAAGUAAGAGGAAAAGGCUGUUUUUAAAAAGGGGAAUCUGAUAGUGGAAGCCAAGUCUAGACAGCCUCAGAACUGGCCAUGUGCAGCGCUGUGCUCCCUUCUCCUGGGGGCCUGUGGUACACUGACCUUCUUAGGGAGCUUCAUAUCAAAGGAAUGAAUCUUAAUAAAGUUGUGUAUCAUAUUAAAAAAAAAAAAAAAAAAAAAAAAAAAAAAAAAAGUAUUAGAAGUUUGCUGAAUUUGAGAUCCACAGAAUAUAAAUUAUUGAUCUGAUGUUAUGAGUGUGAGCAGCCUGUAAUUGUAUGAGUUUGUUCUAAUUUGUUCACGACCACAAAGAGGUCAUAUUCAAGACAGAGGCUUAUGGUUAUUAUUUUUUUUUAAUCCAUUAUAAUAACAAAAAAAUACUUCUUGCCAAAACGUCUGCUAAAUUGCUUUAAGUGACUUCUUCACUUAUUAAGUUAAUUAGAAGUUAACGAUACUCUAUGGACAAAGGGACCCCCUCACUGAGAAUGGUAUUUCUCUACAUUAAUUGACGUUCUGCAGGAAAGCACAUUGUAAAAGUAUAUCUACUGUAACAGGCUCGAGUCCACUUGUGGGGAGGACAAAAAAAAAACAAGUGUUGAUAAAUUGGUAUUUGUAUUUCUGCCUCUUUCUGCAUCGUCUGAAAUGCUGUGGGCACUGUACGAAAGCAGCCUGGCUUUAUCCUAAUCUGGACCUUGGGGAGUCUGACAUCUGCAAGAAAAACAAAAACUCAAAAAACUGCCCGUUAACUCUAUGAUGAUGUCCCUGGGUGGCUGAAAUCUUAUUUAUUAGUAAAUUAUGCAAUCAAAUGAGGAUAUUAUAUUCUGAAUAUGAAAAUAGCUUUCUUAUUUAUUUUUUUUAGUCAGACUACAGCAACAAACUGCAAGUGCUGCAUUGUAUAAUAUUAAGAUUUCAAAAGUCCCCAAUAGUGGAAUACCAUCAAUUAAAACACAGAAUUGAAAGUGUAGCAAAACAACAGAAAAUAUACACUAAUAAAUGACAAAGUUCAUCAUUCAAAUGGAAAUACUUUAUGUAAAAUAGUCGCUGAAGAAAAUUAGCUUUUCUUGCCUUGUAUUUGUAUCUCUUGUUCCAAGCUUGAAAACUUGAAAAGUCACUCAGAAGUCCAGUUUUCCUUCGGACAGUUGCAAUAUUUGCAAGUUGUGGUCUGUGUAGUCAAAAUAAUGCUUUCUGUAGUUGAGGAAAAACGUCUUACAAAAAAAAAAACAAGUCAUUUGUAAUUUAUUGAAUUACUUUCUAUGAAGUUCUAUAGAGCAAAUGGAAGUUUAAUUAUUUUUAUUAAACAUAUUCUUUUGACUA